AAUCCCCCGCGCGGCCAGCGGGGCUUCCUUUCUGCUGACUGAGGCCGAGUAGAGCUGCGCGCCCGCCGCAAAAAUGGCAGCUGAUUUUCUUAUGCAUGAGAAGAUCUGGUUUGAUAAAUUCAAGUAUGACGAUGCUGAGAAGAGAUACUAUGAACAGAUGAAUGGGCCAGUUGCCAGUCCUUCAUGCCAACAGGAGAACGGAGCCAGCACGAUCCUACGCGACAUUGCCAGAGCCAGGGAGAAUAUCCAGAAAUCGCUGGCCGGACGCAAGACCAUUCUGGAUAGCCCCCAAGAAGCCCUACCUGCCCAAUCCAAGAGAAAGUCAGGUCGCCUGACUAGUGCAAGCACGACCUCUUCUGCUGGGCCUGGUGGUGACCAAAAUGAGCUCGUCACCAGAAUAGCUAACCUGGAGGUGGAGAACCAAAAUCUCCACAGUGUUGUUGCAGAUCUUCAGCUGGCCAUCUCCAAGCUGGAAACUCGCCUGAACACACUAGAAAAAUCCUCCACCUCUCACCACCCCUCAGCAACGCCGCCAACCCAGCAUGUCACCCCAAUGAAGAAGGUGGAAUCACCUGCUGCUCCCCCAAAGAAAGUGGAACUCCCUUCUGCUCCACCUGCAAAGAAAGUAGGACCAUCUGAGGCUGACGACGAAGAUGAGGAUGACGACAUUGACCUAUUUGGCAGUGGGGAUGAAGAGGAAGACCAGGAGGCUGCCAAAGUUCGGGAAGAGCGACUACGCCAGUAUGCGGAGAAGAAGUCUAAAAAGCCUGGCCUCGUUGCCAAGUCUUCCAUCCUUCUGGAUGUCAAGCCUUGGGACGAUGAAACUGACAUGGCAAAGAUGGAGGAGUGCGUCCGGUCCAUUCAGAUGGAUGGCCUGGUUUGGGGAGCCUCCAAGUUGGUUCCAGUGGGCUAUGGUAUUAAGAAGCUCCAGAUCCAGUGCGUAGUGGAGGAUGACAAGAUUGGAACAGACAUACUGGAGGAGGAGAUCACCAAGUUUGAAGACUACGUGCAGAGUGUUGACAUAGCGGCUUUCAACAAGAUCUAAGAGCUAACGUUUAUCCUUUCUGGAACUGUAACUAAUAAAAAGGUCAAGAUUUUGAGUGCA